GACUACUUGUUCUGGGAGCUCCUGAGUCAAUCCUGGUUACCAAAAUAUCCAUAGGAAGCAACCUUUUGGUUCUCAUUUUCAUUAUCAUCACUGGCUUCAUUAAGGGAGAUCUGCAUAACUGGAGGCUCACAGAACAGGACUACAAACUGAACACAUCUGAAUCCAGAGACAUCUAUGGCUUAGGAGGCUCGGGCCUUCUGGGUUCUGGAGGGUUUGCACCUUUUGGCGUUGAAGGGAUUCUCCAGGGAGCAGCUACAUGUUUCUACUAUUUUUUUGGUAUUGAUGCUGUUGCCACUAAAGGGGUAGAAGCUCUAAAUCCUCAUCGUUCCAUCCCCUGGAGCAUCGCAAUCACAAUUUUCAUCUGCUUUCUGGCUUACUCUGGUGUCUCAGCGGCACUCACCCUCAUGGUGCCCUACCACCUGAUUCAGCCUCACGACCCUUUGCCACAAGCCAUUCUCCAUAGUUGGUGGCUCCCUGCCAGAUACUUCGUGGCUAUUGGCACCCUCUGUGCUCUUAUAUCCAGACUCUAUAGUGCCAUGUUCAGAAUGCCUCCUUUGAUCUACAUGAUGGCAAAGGACGGGCUCCUUUUCCGGAGACUUACCUGGAUCCAUGUCCGCACAGGCACCCAUGUCAUGGCCAUCAUGUCUGCUGGAAAUCUUACAGGGCUCAUGGCGUUGCUCUUCACGUUCACAAAUCUUGUGGACCUCGUGUCAGUGGGGACCCUGCUCGUUUACUCCUUGGUGGCAUUUUCUGUUCUUGUCCUCAGGUACCAGCCAGACCAGAAUUUAAGCAAGAAUGAGAACACAGGGAAGGAAAGUGAGGUGCCUGACUCUGAUGAACAUCCUUUGGACUCUGAACCUGAAGCAAGAAACUCAAACAUUCUAAAGAGGUUGUGGUUCCCUCCCAGCACCACCCCCACUAGGGAAUCUGGCCAGAUUGUCUAUGGAUGUGCCUCACUACUCGUUCUCCUAAUGAUAAUCUUGAGCCUCAUCCUGGUCCAGUGGUCCAGUCAGGAGUUCUCUGCAGACUCCGCGUACACACCAGUGACUGUGCUGCUGCUGCUGCUCAUCAUUGGGGUCACGGUCAUCAUCUGGAGGCAGCCCCAGAACCACACUCCUCUUUAUUUUAAGGUCCCUGCUCUGCCUGUCUUCCCACUGGUGACCAUCUUUGUGAAUAUUUACUUGAUGAUGCAGAUAACUUCUGGGACCUGGGCCAUAUUUGGCAUCUGGAAUGUGAUUGGAUUUCUCAUAUACUUUGGAUACGGGAUCCGACACAGCUUGGAGGAGAACGAUGAGCAACAAACACCAGCUUCCACCUCCCAGACUCUUGACAAAAACACCCCUACUGCUGAGUCAUCUUAA